AGAGGAGCUGCCCUGAAGCCAUGGCGGAGCUUCUUCGCUCCAUUCCACCGCUGCCGAGCACUGAGCGAGGGACAUUUUGUUCCCUUUCCUCCGACAAAACUGGUGAGCGAAUUCUCUACUGCACUGGGAGCAACGUUGUUUGGCGGCCUACAGCCUCCUUGACAGAAGGAGGAGAAAAGGCGGAAGAGGUCUUCUGUUGGAAAGGUCAUGUGAAGAACACAACUUGCGCUGCGAUGUCACCGAAUGGCCAGUGGGUGGUUUCAGGUGAUGUGACGGGUGCCGUCAGACUUUGGGGUGCCAAGGGUGAACAUGCGCAGAAGAACGAGUACAAGCUCUGGGAUGGUACGGUGAAGGAUGUUGGUUGGAGUGACGACUCUGGUCGAUUGGUUGCUUGCGGAGAUGGGAAAGAAGUUCGCGCAGUGGCGAUGAUUUGGGAUACUGGCAGCAAGACCGGAGAGGUGGCGGGGCACACAAAGCAGGUCAAUUCGAUUUCCUUUCGGUCACAACGGCCCUUCAAGAUUGCCACUGGAGGAGAGGAUAUGCUGGUGGCUUUUCACCAAGGACCCCCUUUCAAGUUUGUCAGGUCUCAUUCAACUCACUCGAACUUUGUGAACUCUGUCCGCUUCUCCCCUGAUGGAGAGUGGUUGAUUUCAGCCGGUUCCGAUGCCAAGCUGUGUCUCUACACAGGAAAAGAUGGUGAGUUUGUAAAGGAGUUCCAAAAGCCUGCAGGUCUCACAGGAAGCUUUUGGUCAGUGGUAUGGUCCCCAGACUCUUCGCAGGUGGCCACUGCAGGGGGCGAUAAAAAAGUUCGCAUUUGGGACCGCGAGAGCGGUGCGCAAGUGGCCGAAGGUUCAAUUGGAAGUGGGCUACAAGACAUGCAAGUAGGACUUACCUGGGCCACCGCUGCUCGGCUCAUCUCUGUUGCCUUGGACGGACGACUGAUUUGUUGGGACGGUGCACUGAAAGUCGAAGGCGUCGUCGAUGGCACCCAGGGACCUUUGAAUUGCUUGGGCAGUGACCUGACUACAGGAAAUGUCAUCUAUGGAGGAACACAAGGGACAGUGGCCGUGACCCCACCAAGUGGCCCAACAUUGAAAGCGACAGUGGGCAAAGGCAUCCAACAUGUGAUCACCCAUUCCAAAGGAUAUUCCGGGGCACCAGAGGCUUGUGUGAUCUCCCUUGAUGAUUGCAUUCGUCGCUUGGACUUGACAUCUGGUGCAUUGAGUGCUCCAGUGGAGUUGAAAGAGUUUGUAGUGGGCGCUGGUUGGUUGGAUGUCUCCGAGACAAUGCUUUUCUUGGUGACUGGGAAGAAGAACUUCCAUUGUGUGUCAGACAAAGAGGUGCUGUGGACAAAGCCAGCGGCCACAGAACGGCGAGCGACCUCCAUGGCUGUGAUACCUGGAAGUCCAGGAAAAUUGGCUGUGGCCCUUGAGCAGCCAGGAGGUUACGUUGGUGGUGUGGCCAGCAAUGAGUUUGACAUUGUGUUCUUCGAGGUGCAGGAUACGACUGCAGAUGGUUUGGUUGAAAAGGCAGUGCUUCGGAAACAUCUGGCCGAAGUGAGCACCAUGAAAUUCUCGCCGUCCGGAGAGUUCUUGGCAACAGGUGAUGCAGCCAAUAAGAUCUUCAUUUGGAGCCUAGCCUCAGGAACUCCAAUGAUCCACCUCUCAGAAUGGGGCUUUCACACCGCGAGGAUCGCAUGCUUGGAGUGGUUGCCAGGUGGUCGGAAGCUGGUGAGUGGUUCACUUGAUCGGCACUUAUUCCUGUGGGAUGUAGAUGCUCCAGAAAAGCGGAUUCAGGUGAAAGAGGCACACAAAGGUGGUGUCACCUCGGUGGCCGCGUGUGGGGAGAGCAGCUUUGCUUCCGUGGGACACGAUGGCUUUGUCCUGGUGCAUGGCGCUUGAGCUGAAAUGGGUCAGAUGUCAGAUGAAGUGAGCUCAGAACUUUACUGAGCUCAAAACGGAGCAUUGUUGUGGAGCAUCUUGCAGCUCCAGCAGGGUCGAAGUGGAUCCCAGCUCUGUCCAAUGACAGAGCUUCUGGCACUGUAACAAUUCCGCAGAAGAUGCACUGGUUCCAAUGAAGGCCCUCAUCUUGUAAGGGCAGUACGACUCAAUUGCUUGAGAAAA